ACACAACAACAAGCGCGUAUAUAUAUAAAUAAGUUUAAAAAUAAAAACAUUCCGUUUUAAAUCAAACUGAUAUUCAAUUUUCCGGGCGCGCAAAUUACUAUACGUGCCACACGCACACAUUUCGGUCAAACAGCUGUCUCGCCGAGCGAAACACACAGCACCCGAGAGAUUGUUGUUGCUUCCAACACAAGCAAAGCAAACCAACAACAACACUCAUAUAAUAAUAUUUUGCCGCUCACGCUCUAUAAACGGUCAGCAGAACUUGGCCCAUUUCAUCCUCAAUAUUGGGAAUCAUAUCAGUUUGUUCUGUUCACUUCGUCGUGGCGCACGGGAGGAAUCAAAGGCACAGCAGCGACGAGCUCUCGCAAUGAUUUUUCAUACCUUAAGCGGGCACAACGACAGUAGGUCCGGCCCAGCCCAGUCUCAUUGUCAGUUUCAGCGAUAUGCGCUACAUAAAACCGGAGCCGUACUAUGAAGGGCUUCCACCGUUCAACGUUACUGGCAGCCCGUUCAAUGUGGUGCCGAUACACAACUAUCCGGAGCUGAUGAAGGAAACCUGCGCUCUGAUCAACUCGGAAUGGCCCAGAUCCGAGACGGCGCGAAUGAGAUCCCUGGAGGCUUCCUGCGACACAUUGCCAUGCAGUUUGGUCCUCACCACAGAGGGCUUGUGCCGGGUGAUAGCUCACCUCAAGCUCAGCCCCAUUACGGCGAAGAAGAAGGCCUGCUUUGUGGAGAGUGUUGUCGUGGACAAGAGCUACCGGGGUCAGGGAUUUGGCAAGCUGAUCAUGAAGUUUGCCGAGGACUAUUGUCGCGUUGUGCUGGAUCUGAAGACAAUCUACCUGUCAACCAUCGAUCAGGAUGGCUUCUACGAGCGCAUCGGCUAUGAAUAUUGUGCGCCCGUGUCCAUGUACGGGCCGCGUCACUGCGAGUUGCCCAGCUUACAAAAUGCCAAAAAGAAAUACAUGAAGAAGGUCUUAUAGACAUCAACGCCAGUAGUAGUAGUGAGAAUAGCUACGAUGAACAGUGCCGAGCAGGAACAGCAGCAGCAACCCGUUGCCGUUAACUAGUCAAAGUAAAAUGGUAAAAGGUUCCGUGUUCCCCCUGCCAGCAGCUGUGCCCGUAGUCUGAUCGCAUUUUGCCAAUUUAGGGGAAUUAGGGGAAUGUGCCACAAUGCCACACACACGCGCAUUGGUAGGCUGCAGCAUAAGCUUUUGAUUCCAUUACACCGAUAAGCAAUAUUCAUUCAUGAUACGCUUGUGUUGAUUUUUAAAUAAUACUUUCCGCGUGUAUUUUGUAAACUUUUUGGUUCUUUUUGUAUGACAAAAGUCAACCGGGAUUUGUUUUUUUUUGUAUUUCUUUUCCUAUUGGUUCAAAAAAUUGUUAUCCUAAUCCUAAAUUAUAUAUUUGUGAUUGAUUGUGUAAUCUUAUGAUGAUGUGUUAAUAGUUUUGCUCAAGCGUGUGCGCAUAAAUGCUUUCUAGACGAAUAUCUACCUGCCCAUGAUAAUAAUAAGGAUAUCUGUCAAGUAUCUUCCAAACGAAACAUAGCAUAGAAACAUAUCGAGCCCUAGCAUUAAGCACCAAACAAAGGCAAUAACUUAUAAUAAAGAUAUGUACGUAGCAAAAUGUAAA